UUUCCGCUCGUUUCAAGAAAUACUUCUUCAAGUCUGAAAUUUGUCUCUGAUAUAAGUUUUCUAAGUUCUGGAAACCCCUUCCUCCAUUCUGUCUUGGUAAUGAGAAUCUUUCAAUCGACGAUUUUGGGUGAUUAUUAUUAUUAUUAUUAUUUUAGUCUCACUGUCAAUAAUGCCUGGCCUUUUGUUAGUUCCAUACUAGUACCAUAGAAACCAUCACAACAAAAACGCGUCUUGUCAUUUUACUAACUUUCAGCAUAAUUUUCAAAUGAAUACUGCUGCAGCGGUAAAUUUCUUUCGACAUCUUCUUUUCCUCUUACUUGUCUUCAAAAUGGUAGGGGUCUUUGCGACUACACUUGCAGCAAUGGACUGCAUGGGUAAAUUCGGAGCUUCAGUUGUUUUACCUGCGCAUUUAGAAAAUUUGCACGACUCUAUCAACAUAACCAUGGAUUCGCUGCAAGUGGUGCCAGUGGUGUGUAUCUUCAUGACGAUUGUGUCUUGUGCUACAGGUUUUGCCGGCGCUGUAUGUUUUGACUCUCGCCCUUUGCUCGUUUUUGUGACAGGUAUGAAUUUUUUUUUUAUUAUGCUCUUGGAGUUAACUGGUGCAUGGAUUCUGAUACCGGUCAUUAACAGCCUUGAAAAAAUAGUAAUUCAAGAAAUGCAACAAUUGUUUGAGCAGGUCAAUGCAAUGAAUCCUGAGUACAAGAGCUUGCUUUCCUCCUCAGAAAACGAACUAUUCGAAACAUUGGGGGAGACUACUUACAGCUAUCAGUUGCCUCUUGCUAAUGGAUGGGUACGUUUUGCAAAUGGCAGUGAAUUCUUAAAGGCAGAGGUAGAUUAUAUUCAAACGAAGUUGGAAUGUUGCGGAUUCACGGGACGCCAAUUUUGGAAAAUACGAAUUCCUGAGAGUUGUUGUCCAGAAGAGUACCCAGGUAAUAACUGUACGUUGGAUGUAGCGUACAGUCGUAGUUGCACAUUUAAGUUUAACGGUUUCUCGUCUUGUUUGUCAACUUUGCAAGUCGAAUUUUUGAUUGUUGCAGUACUAUCUUUUGUAACAGGUUGUGUUGCCAUGCGGCUGGUGCGUUAUAAACAGAAAUAUCCAGAUGGCAACUAUGCUUCCGAUGACAGUUCUUCGUCAUCAGAAGAGGACAAUGUUUUCGAUCCGCAGGAGACUUUUAAAUAAAACAUUGUGUUAAUAUUUACUUUAAAAUAAUAAUAAUAAUAACAUUCAUUGUUUACCAA